UUGAAGAGUGGUGGUUUUAAUCGGGUUUGCACUGUGUUUGCAUUGUGAAUGGUAUUGGUGGUACAGGACAGAGUGAAGAUGACCGUUGGCUCAUGCGCUGAACUGUUGGUUUAAGUGAUUUUUGGGGCCUUUAAUUUUGGGCCUACCAUAUUCUUUUUCCGGAGGGUUCUUUCCAGGAUUUGGAGUUAGCAGAAAUGAGAAAUGUACAAGGGGGUUUGUCAUCUGACUGAAAGAGCUCAACAAGACAGCGUUCUUUUUCUCAGUUGGUGGGAAAUGUUUUUCCUUUUGGACUUUCUCGUUUUGGAUUUUAUUUGGGAACCAACACCAUGCCUGUAAUUGUACUGGAGGCCAGUGAUUUGACCAGCCCUCUGUCGCUGGUGCGUAUGUGGGCUCUCCUGUCCGGUUGCCUCACCUUCAGCCUGGUAGCCUCCCUGGUUUCCCCAGAGCUGACCUCUGACACCCUCCAGCCCUCCUUCAGGAUCCUCUGCAUGCUCACCUGGUGCCUCUUCUUCAUCCUCACCUUCCUAAUCCACGUGGUCAACAUCAUCCAGUUCCACAGCCUGGUCCCCAUCUCCUGGAAGAACCUAACCGUGACUGUGGCGGCUCUCGCCGCCCUCAUGACCUUCAGCGCCUCGGUCACCUUUCCUUGGGCGGUCAUGGGUCAUGAAGGUGUCUGGCCCCGUCCGAUCGCCGCCUCCUUGGCAUCGUGUCUCACCUUCCUGGCCUAUGCAACCGAGGCCUACCUCAUCCGCACCCAGACCCAGGACCAGAAGGGCUACAUGGCCAGCGUACCCGGCCUGCUCAAGGUGAUCCAGCUCUGGGGAGGAUGUGAGAUGAUUGUCCUGGUGGUGGAGCAGGUUCGUGGAGCUUUGGGAAAAGGAGCUGGGGUAGGGUUGGCAGCUGUGGGUUGGCAGCUAUGGGUGUCUGGGGCGGUGUAUGCCCUCUGUCUCCUAAUGUCCCUGGGUACAGUGAUGGUGGUUCUAGGGGACUGUGCUGGGCGAUGCCCUCUGCCCUUUGACCGCCUGCUGGCAAGCUUCAGUCUGACAGGGGUGCUUCUCUAUGUGGUCGCCACCAUACUGUGUUUUACCAGAGUCCUGGAGCAGCAAAACCCCGGCCAAGAGUUCACAGACAGGAAAACUGGGCCCACCCUUGUUGUCAUGGAAGCAGUGAUGACCAGCAUUACUCUGCUAGCUUACACAGUGGACCUGGCCUUCUCUAUCAAACUGCUGCGGGAUAGGAGUCAUGCCUGAAAAAGACAAGCCUGGAUAGUUGACCUUCAGAACACAUAACAUGUACAUUAUGGAUAUUAACAAAGUCAUCGUGUAUUAUAGGAGAAGGGGACACAUUGCCAAAGUCCAAGAAAUAUUACAUUCUGUUGAUGUCAAUUGUAUAUUGAUUGGAGCCUUGAAAAUGAAGAACAAAUGUCAUAGAUAUUUUCAUGUACGAUAUCAUGUGCACAGUUUUGGGGAUUAGUUCCAGCACAUGUAAUUCAACUAGUAAUUUAAUUAACUACAUGUUGCAGUAGCUUGGUGGUAGUUUAACUAAAUUCAAAUAUUUGUAGUGUUUUCAGUGGUCAAUUACUUGUUUGCCAUGUAGUGAUGUAGCUUUUACUGCAACUGGGUAGUUCCACCAAUUCGGUGCCUUUUUGAGAUUCUUUAAUUUGGUGAAAAAAACCUGUUUGAUUUCAACUCAUUUGAACAUUCUGUCAUAAUGAGCACGUGUUCAACUUAAUAAAAAACUAUUUUUCUUAUCUCAAAAGGUUAAAUAAAUAAAAAAUGAUUAUUGUAAGCCUUACAAUAAUCGUUUUUUAUUUAUUUAACCUUUUGAGAUAAGAAAAAUAGUGCCAAAUAAAGUAACAGGGUUAACGAUUUCACCUUAAAUUAGCCAUGAAUCCCCUUGUGACACGUGGAAUGGAAGCUUGUUGUGUACAACAGGUAGGGGCAAUUGAAUGCAAGCGUCACCCCAAAAAAUGUAAGUGUCAAAAUAUUUCUAGCCUAUCUAUGAGUUACAGGGUUGACGUGUUAUGCUCGACCCACUCAAUGAUCCAUAACAAAACACCAGAAAAUAGCCAAAAAGAGUGGAACCAGCCCACCUGCUUUUCCAGAGAAUUGAAUCGGUCACAUUCUAAAUGUAAUCCGUCAGUUACUAGUUACCUAAAAUUCUAAUCAGUAAAGUCAAUUAUGGAUUACCUUAGCUCAGUAACAUCAUUUGAUUACUUUCAGUUACUUCUGAAUUACUUUCCCCUUAAGAGGCAUCAGAAGAAGAUGACAAAAAUGGAUCCAUCAAAUGUAUUUUGUGUGUCAUCACUCGCUCAGGUGGAACAAAGUUAUGCUGCGUUUGUAACCAAGUGAGAAGUGCGGAUUUACCACAUACGACUGGGAAAAACCCACUUUAACGACCCUCCAACUGGUCAUUACUGGUGGGAAACUCGUCUAUCAUCCUGAGCGCCCACUUCUUUCACAUGCUGACUUCUGAUGUCAUCGACUAGAAAUGACCUUGAUAUCAGCAUUUUCUGCAGUUAAUUAAAUGCAACAAAACAAUAUUUAUAAAAAGCUAUCUAUUCACAUGGUUUUGAACACUAUAAUUUGUUGACAAGCAUGAUAGCUGUACUUUUAGUGUAUUAGUUUACACAGCUUGUUGGCCAUUAGCCAAUCAGUGUUCAAAGUACAUGAAUGCCUCCAACUGGUAUUUACGACUUCACAACUGGUAAAUUCCUACCUCCCACUUGGUUACAAAGCAGCAAUUCACUUGCACCCUGUUUUUCAAUGCUGAAUCGAAUGUCAUUGAGAAAACAGAAAGGUGUCAUAAUGUAUUUUUUCCCCCUGCAAACGCCCUUUCUGAAUUUAAAAGUAAUCAACAAAAAUGAUCAUUCUAGUCUUUCAAAAGUAUCUGUUCUCUGAUUAAAAAUCUUUUUGCUGGCAGCUAACCGAUUACAGUCAUUUUUUUUGUAUUCAGAUUACAUGUUUACUACCCAGCUCUGCAUUAACACUAUUAUUUAACUAUUAGAUGUUCAAUGUUUCUUUUAGUCAGAAAUUAUUUAAACAGGAAUAGUUUUACCAUAUUAAAACAAGAGUUCAGUUCAUGUAACAGGGUUGACCUUCACAUGAAAUAAAUAAUCAUCUUCAGAAAUGACUGUAAAAGCAACAAAAUGACUAAGGCUUUACAAUGAUGGUGUAUACUUGGAUAUAUUUUGGGUUUAAGUGGGUUACAAACUUCCUGGAAGUCACAGAGGAUGCGUGGAGGGAUAUUUGAAAAUGCUGGAUUUUGGCACUUGAGAAAAUCUUUAUUCAAAUAAAAAAAAAUCUGAUUGA